UAAAUACAUAAAUCCCCCAUGGAGGGUGGCAUGAAAUCAAGAGAGAAAAAAAACAAACCCUAGCUACCUCAGAAGUACCAGUACUGGCUAGGACCCUUACCUUCCACAACCAAUCUUUUUAUUUCUUUAAUGGGUUCUCUUCUGGUUGUUUGAAAAUAAAAAAUCGAAUAAAAUAAAGUUCAGAAUUCCCGAGGAGGGAGGCCCGAGGGCUUCAACUCCUAUAAGUUGAAAGUCCCACCAUGAGUUGACAAUAGCAAGCUGUCCCGAAAAAAGCUAGCUAACAAAACCUACUUCUCCAGGAAGAAGCAAUGGAUUCCAAGAAGUCUAACAAGAUUAGAGACAUUGUUAGGCUUCAACAGAUCCUGAAGAAGUGGAGGAAGCUUGCAAGUUCAUCAAAAACCACUGCAGCUUCUACCACCACCAGCAGUAAGAGCAUGAAGUUUCUCAAGAGAACACUCUCUAUAUCAGAGAACUCUGCCAAGGAAACCUCGAGCAAUGCCGUCCCAAAGGGCUACCUGGCCGUCGGCGUUGGAGAAGAGCAAAAGAGAUUCAUAAUUCCAACAGAGUAUUUGAGCCACCCUGCAUUCCUCAUCUUAUUGAGAGAAGCAGAAGAGGAAUUUGGGUUUCAACAGGCAGGUGUCUUGAGGAUUCCUUGUGAAGUCGCCGUCUUUGAGAGUAUCCUGAAACUGGUGGAGGAAAAGAAAGACCUGUUCUUCGUGCAAGAAUGCAGGCUUGACGUUGAUAAUAUCGCGGUGUAUUGCUCAUCGAAAAGCCAGCAAACUCCAUCUCACCAUCCUCAGAGUCCAAUGUGCAGAUAGUUUUUUUUGUUGCUAUCAUCCUUCUUAACCUCAUUUCACGUUUUUCUUAUAGUUGGAUGAGGCCAUGUAAGAGAGAUCUAGUGAGUUUAAUAAGUUGCUUUGAAUUGUAAGAGAACAUUUUGAGAAUCAAUGAAAGAACAUAAAGAACUUUGAAUUCA